AUGCUCCUUCUGGCACCCGCUGUCCUCACCCUCCUCGGUGUCGCCACGGCGACAAGACUCCCGCAUCAAGCCAGCAACUCCCAUGGCUUGGCCAAGCGUGCCACCCUCCAGAUUCCUCCUCCGAUGCCUGCUCAGUGGCCCUCGAUCGACCAGACCAACUUCAUCACCGGCAAUCUGCUGACCGAUCCUCUUGUGCAAGAUGCCCUUGCCUAUGUCCAGUCGGUGGUUCCAGCCUCGCUGUUGAACAUCCCUCCGUCAACCUUCGUCAGCGGAGCCACAGUGAAGUACAACUCAGAUGUCAAUGCCAACUGCUACUGGCCAUACAACCUCUGUGUCCGCACUGCCGCUGGAAACGGCUAUCAGGCCGAUGUCUACACCUGCCCUCAGCCCGGCACCUGGGGAAUCUCCUUUGACGACGGACCCACUGUCGAUCCCGUCACCCACGACGACUCGGCCGCCAUCCGUGCCCAGCUCGACAAGAUGAACAUCAAGGGAACCUUCUUUGUGGUUGGAUCGAACGUCAUUCAGAACCCCCAGAUUGUCCUGGACGAGUACAACGACGGCCACCAGAUCGGCGUCCACACCUGGACACAUCAUCCGCUCACAGCUUGCACCAACGAGCAGAUCGUUGCCGAGAUCAAGUACGCCGAAGCAGCCAUCUACAACGCCACCGGACAGGUUCCGAACUUUUUCCGUCCUCCCUAUGGCGACAUUGACGACCGAGUGCGUGCCAUUGCAAACGCUCUUGGAUAUACCGUCACGAUUUGGAGUCAAGACGAUCUUGCGGCCGACCAAGACACCACUAGUGCUGCGAUCGGCCAGAGCUUGAUCAACAGCGCCACUUCGACCUGGCUGUCCAACUCGUCUGCCAGCUUUGUGUCGCUCAGCCACGACAUCACACCGUUCACCAGCAGCGUCAUCCUCGGGAUUCUUCAGUAUGUCGACGCCAACCGUGCAAGCAUCAAGCUGAAUAUCCAAGCCGUCGGUUCGACUCAAGCCACCGCUACCUCCACGGCCUCCUCGACGACACCCUCUGCUUCCGGUGCUGCGACUGUUGGCCCAAGCUCUGGCUCCGCCUCUGGAUCCUCUUCGGCAAGCAAUACUCCCAAAGCCCUCGCUUCCGGCGCCACUGCGAUGACCACUCCUCUUGCGUCGCUGCUCACCGCUGCUGUGGUCGGCGCCGUGAUGGCAAUUGGCUUCCGUGUCUAAGCUCUAUUGCUUCGGCAGCCCUAGUUGCUCGAUACCGCAUUAAUAGUGACAUUUGGAGAAGAGGAGUUGUCGUUCUCGACUAUACCCGCCAUGCGAUCUCGACUGGAGCGCUUGUAAAAUUGAACGAGACACCCUGCGUUUGUCGCUUUUGCUUCUGAGUGAAUACAAUAUACGUUCAUCAUCCAUG